GCAGACAACUACAACCGGCUAGUGAGGGUCCUUUUUCCCACAUAGCUGGUGACGAUUAGCAGCAAACAUGCCGACUGUCGGAGUUAAACGGGAUCUUCUGUUCAAAGCUUUGGGUAGAAGUUACACUGAUGAGGAGUUUGACGAGCUUUGCUUUGAGUUUGGGCUGGAGCUGGAUGAAAUUACCUCAGAGAAAGAGAUAAUCAGCAGAGAGCAAGGUGACACUAAGGCCUCAGGAGCAUCUGAUGUGAUCCUGUAUAAGAUCGAUGUACCAGCUAACCGCUAUGAUCUGCUAUGUCUGGAGGGACUGGUUCGUGGACUGCAGGUCUUCAAGAAUAAGCUGGAGGCGCCCCAAUAUAAACGUGUUAGCCCACUCAGUGGGGAGCCUCAGAAGCUGAUCAUCACUAAGGAGACGGAAGCAGUGCGACCUCACGCUGUGGCAGCAGUCUUGAGGAACAUCACUUUCACACAGGAGCGCUAUGACAGUUUCAUUGAGCUGCAGGAGAAACUACAUCAAAACAUUUGCAGAAAGAGGAGCCUGGUGGCGAUUGGGACUCAUGACCUGGACACCAUCUCUGGUCCUUUCACAUAUACGGCCAAACCUCCAGGAGACAUCUCCUUCAAACCACUCAAUCAGACCAAAGAGUACACGGCCACCCAGCUCAUGAGCCUCUAUAAGACGGACAGCCACUUGAGGCAUUAUCUUCACAUUAUUGAAGACAAACCUGUGUACCCCGUCAUCUACGACAGCAACGGCGUUGUUCUGUCUAUGCCUCCUAUUAUCAACGGGGACCAUUCAAAAAUCUCCCUGAAGACUAAAAACGUCUUCAUUGAGUGCACAGCGACAGACCAGACCAAGGCGAAGACUGUGUUGGACAUGAUGGUGACUAUGUUCAGCGAGUAUUGUGCUCAGCCUUUCACGGUGGAGGAGGCUGAAGUGGUGUACCCAGAUGGCAAGACCUGCAUAUACCCAGAGCUGGCUUACAGGAAGGAGAAGCUGUCUAGUAAAUUCAUUAACCAGAAAGUUGGCAUCAAUGAAUCGACAGAGAAAAUUGCUCAGCUGCUGACCAGGAUGUGCCUGCUCUCCCAGGCUACCGGUGUCGGUGAUGAGAUUGAGGUCGAGAUCCCACCCACUCGCUCAGACGUCAUCCACGCCUGUGAUAUCAUGGAGGAUGCCGCCAUUGCCUACGGUUUCAACAACAUUACCCGCACCACCCCACGCACCUACACUGUAGCCAACCAGUUCCCACUUAAUAAACUGACAGAGCUGCUGAGGCAAGACCUGGCAGCCGCUGGAUUUACAGAGGCCCUCAACUUUGCCCUGUGUUCUCAAGAAGAUAUUGCAGACAAGCUUGGGAAGAAGAUCUCAGAGAUGAGGGCAGUUCAUAUCUCCAACCCCAAGACUGCCGAGUUCCAGGUGGCGCGCACCACCUUGCUGCCAGGCCUGUUGAAAACCAUAGCAGCCAACAGGAAGAUGCCACUUCCCCUCAAACUGUUUGAGAUAUCAGACGUGGUGCUAAAGGAUGAGACCAAAGAUGUUGGGGCGAGAAACAGCCGACGUUUCUGUGCUGUUUACUACAACAAGAGUCCGGGUUUUGAGGUCAUCCAUGGCCUACUGGACCGAACCAUGCAGCUGUUGGAGGUGAAGCCAGCCCGUGGAGAAGGCUACCACAUCCAGACUGCAGACGAUUCCACCUAUUUCCCCGGUCGCUGUGCUGAUAUCUUCGUCCGUGGAAAGAACGUCGGGCGUCUCGGAGUGCUUCAUCCAGAUGUCAUCAAUCGCUUCGAGCUGACAAUGCCCUGCUCCGCCCUGGAGAUGGACAUCGAACCCUUCCUUGGCCACACCGCUGAAACUCCCCUCACACACGACGUUCCCAUGAAAGAAGUCAUCAAGCACAGGUUCCCCACACGAGAUGAAUCCCAGCAGAGUGCCCACUCCCGCCCGACUUCCACAAAAACUGUGUUUGGUGACGUGAGCACACAAGUGGGCCUCGAAGCUCUCAGUGAUUUUCUGGCUGACAAAAGCUACAUCGAGGGCUUUGUGGCAUCCCAGGCUGACAUGAUCGUGUUUGACGCCAUCCCCUCUCCUCCCUCACCGACGCUCUGCCACCUCUGGCGCUGGUACAACCACAUAAAGUCUUUCCAGACAGACAGAGCUCGUCUUCCAUCAGCCAAGAGUCGGUAUGUCCUCCCAGCUACUCCACCGGCCACGCCAAACGAUGCCAGCGACGAGGAAGACAUCGACCUUUUUGGGUCAGAUGACGAGGCAGAGAGCGCAGAAGCGGCCAGAAUCAAGGAGCAGCGCCUCGCCGAGUAUGCCGCCAAGAAAUCCAAGAAGCCAGCUCUCGUCGCCAAGUCCUCCAUCCUGCUUGACGUCAAGCCCUGGGACGACGAGACGGACAUGUCCAAGCUGGAGGAGUGCGUCCGCAGCGUCAGCAUGGACGGGCUGCUGUGGGGGCAGUCCAAGCUGGUGCCAGUGGGUUACGGCAUCAAGAAGCUCCAGAUAGGAUGUGUGGUGGAGGACGAUAAAGUGGGCACUGAUAUGUUGGAGGAAGCCAUUACCGCCUUCGAGGAAUAUGUUCAGUCUGUGGAUGUGGCUGCUUUCAAUAAGAUUUGAAUCACUGAGACAGAACGGUACCAUCUGAGAUUUUGUGGACUUGGUGUAAGCUAGGUGAUAAAUGCAAUGUUCAGUUAAUAUUCCAGCAUCCUUGUAUUAAAACAGCUAAUGCUCAGGUGCUUUAUUUCUUUAUCCUUUGAUACAAGUCCAAAAGGCUUUUGCCUUCAGACACAAUUAAAGCCAUUCAAACUUG